UGCGUUACGAUAUCCUUGAACAUGGAGGGUCCGAAUGAGUUUGAACUGUCGACUCUUCCUACUGACGGAAUCUCUACGGUGAGAUUUGGUCCUACGUCGACUGGUUUUCUUCUUGCAUCGUCGUGGGACAAGAGCGUCCGCUUGUAUGAUGUCAACAGCAACGUGCUGAGAGUGCAGUACCACCACGCCGCAGCCGUUCUCGACUGCUGCUUCUCCGACGAAGUGCACGGAUUCAGCGGAGGGCUCGACAAGUUUGUUAAGAUGUUUGAUUUCAACGCGAGUUCGGACACGGUGCUCGGGGCGCACCACGACGCGAUUCGAUGCGUGAACCAUUGUCCAGCUCUUGGAUUAGUGUGUACAGGGAGUUGGGAUAAGACUGUUAAAUUGUGGGAUGUAAGAAACAAUCGAGGUGUUGCAGGCACUCUUGAUCAACAGGAAAAGGUUUAUACGAUGGAUGUUAGUCAAGAGAAACUGAUUGUUGGCUCUAAAGGAAGGCAUGUGUUGAUCUGGGAUCUUAGGAACACUAGUCAGCCUUUAUGGCGAAGGGAGUCGACUCUAAAAUACCAAACUCGUUCAAUUAGGUGCUUUCCUAAUGGCCAAGGCUAUGUUUUGAGUUCGAUUGAAGGUCGUGUCGCAGUCGAAUUCUUCGAUCCCAGUCCAGACGCCCAGAAAACCAAAUAUGCAUUCAAAUGUCACAGAAUCAAGGAGAACGGCAAGGAGACCAUUUACCCUGUCACAGCCAUUUCAUUCCACUUGAUUCAUAACACGUUUGCUACUGGAGGGUGUGAUGGUUUUGUCAAUGUGUGGGAUGCAUUCAACAGAAAAAGAUUAGCUCAGUUUCAUCGUUACCCAACAACAAUCGCUUCUCUCUCAUUCAAUUGUGAUGGCUCAUUACUGGCCAUAGCAUCAUCCUACAUGCUAGAAGAAGGAGAGAAAGAGAGUCCUCCAAGAGACACUAUUAUUAUUCGUCAUGUGACCGACAUGGAGACGAAGCCUAAGUGAAAGGAAUUGUUGUACAUUUUAGUGACAAGUGAGAGACAGUGUGGUACUAUCUGGAACUGUUGUAGUAAUGUCAUCAAACUAACGAGACGUGCAGGCUCUUUUAUGUUAGAAAUACGUCAUGAUCACAUGUUUUACAACACAAACAUGUACAUCUACCACUAUCUUUUCUGGAUAUCUGAAUUCUAUUGGCGGCCACUCGGUUCACACGA